AUGUCACAACCACAAAUCCCAGCAAUCGGCAGCGAAUUCCCGACGGUCGAAAGUUUCAAGGAAGCCGCACAACAAGGUGCUAAGGCAGCUGGCUUCGCUUUUAGUGUAUCAUCAUCAAAAAUGUCGCGUGUUGGCAAAGUCAAUCGCACUCCUUUUGUUACCUUGCAGUGCACAAUGGGAGGCGAAUAUAGAAAUAAUCACGAGAUUACUGAAGAAACUCGAAAAAGAAAAAAAUUCACGAAACGUCAAAACUGUCCUGUCAUUUUACGGGCUGUUUUGAACGAGGAUGCUGGCGUUUGGGUGGUACAAUCUUUCAAAACUCAGCACAACCACGAACUUCUUUUUCCAUCACAAGUUCACUGUCUCCAUCAACAUCGGCUUCUCAAUACAGAACAAAAAGAGCUAGUUCACAUGAUGCUCAGAAGCGGGGCAUCAACCAAAUCAAUCGCUGACGCAGUACACUGGAAGCACGGUACUGUAUACACAAAAGACGUCAUCAAUGAACGUGGCCGAAUUAGAAACGCUCUGAAUGAAGGCUCCAACCACGACACCACCGUACGGCUUCUGCAAAUGUUGGAGGAACGCCAGUAUGUAGUUCGCCAUACAUUAUCAAAAGAUGGCCAUAUGCAAAACCUGUUCUUUACACACAUUGAAGCUGCGCGUCAAACGGCUAUAUGUUCAGAGGUGCUUAUGGUGGAUGCAACGUACAAGACAAACUUAUACAAGCUUCCUCUCAUCAACGCUGUUGGUGUUAGCAACAUUGGCAAUGCCAAAGUUCUUAAUACAUAUCAAAUUGCAAUGGCAUGGGUAGCAAACGAACAGGAAUACACAUACGAAUGGUUUCUACGUACCUUGAAAGAAACAAUUUACGACACUUUCUUUUGCUCUCCAGAAGUAUUUGUUUCAGACAGAGAUCAGGCCCUUCGAAAAGCGGCAAACAGCGUUUUUCCGGAAGCGAAAAAAAUGCUCUGCAUUUGGCACAUGCUUGCACAAAACUUACGAACUGCGUGCCGAAAGUUUUUUGAUUCUGAUAAAGAUUAUGAUAAAUUUUUGUCAUUGGUUCAACAAGUUGCUUAUGCUGAGGAAAUGAGUACAGUCGAAAAAGCGUUCAAUGAGGUGAAACAAGCAGCGAUGAAAAGUAGAGAUCCUAAUUAUAUUCAAAAUUAUCUUGAGGAAUGGAAAAAAGACGCAAAAGGUUGGAUGCAUGUUCACACAAAAAAUUAUCCGCAUAUGGGGAUCCGGUCAACGCAGCGGGUGGAGGGAAGCCACAGCGGUUUGAAGAAGGCAAUAGAGGCAGCAAGCGGCUUAGAGCAGGUGUUCUCACACAUCGAUCGUGCCUUUCGCCAGCAACAAUUACAAAUGAAUGGAGCUUUUGGUUUGAAUAUUGUUUCUGUUGAUCCGUUCAUACGCAACAAUGAGAGAUUUGAACAGCUGCUUGGAAAAAUUUCCAGAUGGGCAAUCGAUCAAAUAAAAAGAGAAAUAUGCGAGACUGAAGAUAAUGAUAAUGCAAACAGUGAUACCUGUAAAUGCAGCUUGAGAUUGAAUUUUAAGCUACCAUGCCGCCACAUAAUUCCGUCGACAGGGCCCAUUCCGCUUUCUCUUGUACAUCCUCGCUGGCUUCUAAAGCAUGAUUCAGUACCCUCAUUGUCUUCAUCAUCAUUAUCAACUGACAUAGCCAUCAGUAAGGCUUUAUAUAAGCUUGAAGAAAAAUACGAAUCCCUGAAUGACUGUGGAUCAAAAGUCACGUUCUUGCAAAAAAUCGAAGCCUUGGCUGCUGAAAAAAAUGUAGUUCCAAAGGCACCAUUGCGUAUCACACCUAAAGGACGACCAACAUCCACCAAGCGAAAUUCUCUUCUUAGUGAACUUCAAGAUAAAGCCGCCAUGAAAAAAAGAAAUGUAAAAAAACCAAUGCCCGAACUCAUGAAAAGUCUGCAAAAAUCACCACAACUCUUAUAUCAUGAUCAAAUACCCACUUAUAUGCAUAAAUAUAUAAAAGAGGUAAUAAAUGUGGAUGGCGAUGGCAAUUGCGGGUACAGAGUACUGGCUGUGUGUUUAGGGAGGAAUGAAAGCGAAUGGCCAGAGGUGAAAAAAGAAUUGCGGGAGGAAUUAAAUAAAAGGGAGCAAUUCUACCGAUCGUUAUUUCUAGUUAAUGGUGAUUAUGCGGCGAUUAUGAGAGAGAUUUCUUGGGUGGAUGGUCCUUGCACGUUCGAAUACUGGAUGAGAAUGCCACUGAUGGGAGAUGUUAUAGCAAACACCUAUCAAAGACCACUACACUUUUUCUCACUACAAACAAAUCUUACCUUCCUUCCGCAUCAUCAUCCAUUGAACCGAAAUAAAGCUCUUGCAAUGGCUUUUGUUAACAAUAAUCAUUAUGUAGCCAUAAUGCUGAAAUCUGGUGCGCCUGUACCACCAAUUAUUAAUCGAUGGAUACAAUUUGCUACCUUGGCAGCAACAAAAUGGAAAUUACUAAUUCAAGAUCGUAUAGCCCAAUUUCUUUUUGCAAGUAAUUCAGCCAGUGAAACGGUCUAG